UCCCUUCGCGUUUUACACACGUCGUCAGCCUUGUUAUGUAAAAUAGUUAAAUAACAAUUACUUAAUUGCGCUUUGUUUGAUCGUCGUCACCUCGUCACCAAAACGUUCGGAACGGUGGAGCAGAGUCACGUCAGCUUUCCUUCGAAGACUAAUCCGUGGCGUUACUUAAUCUCGAUUUUUCACACGAUGAAGGCCUCCCUCUUCGGCGUGUGUCUCAUCAUGACCUUCUUCCUCGUCGCCACGAAAGCUGACCCAGAUCCAGACCCGGACCCACUUCCGGCCCCACUCCCACUCCCAGAACCCCUCCCCGAACCACUCCCACUCCCCCUCCCCCACCCAAUUCCUGGCGACAAGAAUCCCUACGCUGGUAAGGUCACUCGGAAGCCCAAAUCGAUCAAGGGCAAGGGCGCCUCUCACCCUAAACCGAAAGGAAAAGGUGUCCAGAAACCCAAGGGGGGUAAAUCUGUCCACAAACCCAAGGGGGGUAAAAGCGCGCAUAAACCUAAAGGCGGGAAAAGUGUGCACAAACCGAAAGGGGGCAAAAGCGCGGGGAAAAAGCCAAAGCCUGGAGAAGGUCGCGGAAUGGCGCGCCCAAAAGCGACGCGAAAACCGGGCGGUCGUUCCAUGCCAAAAGCAAACAAAGCUAAAGGAAAAGCCUAAUUUUAUUAAUA